AUGGAGAACACCAAAGUUCUCGAGAAGACGCACGCCGGGGGUAUCGACGAGGUAGCCUCGGUGGAUGUGAAGGAAGCGGCGGAUGUCGAGAAAGUCUCCGACUUUGAGAAGGAGGAAUUUCUCGUCGAAGAUUACGCUCGCGACGUAGCGGUCAAAGUUCUCACCACUCAGGAUGACCCCACCCAGCCGGCCUUCACAUUCCGUUUCCUGUUCAUCGGACUCGGUCUGAGCGCAUUCGGUAGUGUACUGGCGCAAAUAUACUACUUCAAACCUCAGACUGUCCUUGUGGCCAAAUUGUUCUUGCUGCUGAUAUCGUACUUCCUCGGCGAGAUGAUGGCAAUGCUAAUCCCGAGGAAAGGAUCUUUCCUCUACCUCAAUCCGGGGCCAUUUAACAUCAAAGAGCACACUGCUAUCAUAAUCAUGUGCUCUACGGCAUCUGUCUCCGCCACAGCUUCGGAAAUCAUUGCUGUCGAAGACCUGUAUUAUAAUAAAAAGUUGAACCCUGCGUUGGCGAUAUUCAUGCUGUUCGCGACGCAGCUGCUUGGAUACGGAUUUGCGGGUGUACUGCGGGAUUUCCUCGUUUUCCCAACGGCGACGUGGUGGCCUACUAGUAUCACAUCGGCUAAUGUCCUGCAAGCACUGCACUUUGAUCGGACUCUGGCCAGCAAGCGUGUCAGGAUGUUUUGGACUGUCUUUGGUUGCAUCGCUCUAUGGGAGAUCGUUCCGCAGUACAUGUUCCCGGUGCUCUCGGGUUUCUCCAUCAUCUGCCUCAUCGCGAACGGUCGAGGCCAGGUGGUGCGGAACGUCUUCGGGGGCGCGUCCAAUAAUGAAGGCACUGGUUUGCUGGCGGCUUGUUUCGAUUGGAACUACAUUGGAAGUGACUGUCUGUGGGUACCCUUGCAGACGCAGCUCAAUCAGGAUGUAGGCCUACUGCUCACAUACGUCUUCAUGCUCUCCUUUUACUACGGAAAUGUAUGGAAAGCCAAGAAUUUCCCCUUCAUGAGUCAGGCGCUGUUCUACGAGAAUGGUACACAGUACGAUCAAACACUGAUUCUGACCAACAACGAGUUGUACGUGCGGCCAAACAGGAUGAGUGGACGUAAAUAUGACGGAAACCCCGAUAGUGAUCCGGUCAAAUAUGCCGAGCAAGGACCGGCAUACUUCUCUGCAUCCAACGCUUGGUUUCUGCUCGUGUCCAACCUCGCCAUUGGAGCUUGUCUCGUCCACGUUUACCUGUGGCAUUGGGACCGUAUUGUUGGGGCGUUCAAAUUUACGGGCUUCCGCGGAUCGAACAACAUCGAUGAUCCUCACCACAACGUGAUGAAGAAGUACAAAACUGUGCCCCAAUGGUGGUUUAUACUGCUCUUCGUUGCAGCCUUUGCUACCGCACAGGCCACGAACUACAAGGGCGACAGCGGCCUCCCUUGGUGGGCUUUGAUUGUCCUGCUCAUCAUGUCAUUCAUCUUGACUGUCAUCUACGGAUACCUAUCCUCAAUCACUGGAUUCUCAUUGUCAUGGUUCGGUACCGGCUUCUUCCAGAUGAUUGUUGCGUUCAUGUUGCCCGGGAAGCCCGUGGCAAACAUGUAUGGAACGGUAUAUGGACAGCACACAAUGAACCAGGCACUCAACUUGAUGUCUGACUUCAAGCUCGGACAAUAUACGAAGGUGCCACCUAGGGGUACGUUGACGUUCUUCGCUCAAGUCUUCGGAUCGAUUGUCGGCAGCGUGCUGAACUACGUCAUGUUAAUCAAUAUCAUCGACAAUAACAGACCUGCUCUACUGAGUAUUGCUGGGACACGUCUCUGGAGCGGUCAGAACCCUCAAUCGUAUAACAGCAAUGCCAUCAGCUGGGGAGCACUCGGGCCCCAAAUGUUCGGGCGUGGCGGAACAUAUGUCAUGGUACCCAUAGCUCUAGCCAUCGGCUUGUUCCUCCCGGUUCCCUUCUGGCUACUCCACAAGAAGUUCCCAAAGUCUGGGUUCAACAAUGUCAUAAUGCCCAUCAUUGUUCAAUACUCCGCAUGGUUGACCGUCGGCGUCAACUCAUCGAUCCUCUUCGCCAUCGUCAUCGGCAUAAUUUCGCAAUAUUUCGUAAGGAACAGGUACCCACGGUGGUUCAGUAAAGUAGGUCUUUCGCAACCUCCCUUCGGCGUAGUGUCGUUAAUCCGCUAUUACACUCCAAAUUUUAGUACAACUACAUUCUUUCGGGCGCUCUGGUUAGACGGGGGUACCCAAGUGAUGAUAUUCAUCCUGUCAUUCGCGGUCUUCGGAGCCGCAGGGACCGCGCACGAUUUCCCCACAUGGUGGGGCAACCCAUCGCUUGACCAAGGAUUAUCUGCGGACAGGUGUGCAGCACCACCAAGUUAA